GUGAGAAGAAGCUCGGUACUGUGAUCACUCCCGAUACGUGGAAAGAUGGUGCAAGAAACACGACAGAAAGCGGUGGCCGCAAGUUAAAUGAAAACAAAGCAUUGACCUCAAAGAAGGCAGGGUUUGAUCCUUAUGGAAAGAACAAAUUUGCAAUCUGUCGGAUUUGUAAGAGUUCUGUGCAUCAGCCGGGGUCUCACUAUUGUCAAGGAUGUGCCUAUAAAAAAG